CAACUGUCCGCCGAAACAGCCUCGGGGGUCGCCAUGGGGUCGCCCGCCCGCCCUUCGCCGGCCCUGGCCGGGGGCGCCUGCUGAGAUGCCCCGGAGGAGGGCGAGGGCGGCGGCGGCGGCGGGCAGCGGGGCAGCAGAGUCCUUCCCUCCCUCCCUCCUCGGAGCCGGCCUGGCGGGAUGGCCUCCUCCCCCUCCGGGCGGGGGUCUCCGGGGGCCGCCGGGCUGCUGCGGGGGAGCCGGGCGCGAUCCUACGGCAGCCUGGUCAGCUCGCCCGUGCGCGAACGGCGGCUGGAGCACCAGCUGCGCCCCGGGGACACUUUGCAGGGCCUGGCCGUCAUGUACGGGGUGACGACGGAGCAGAUCAAGAGGGCCAACCGGCUGUACACCAACGACUCCAUCUUCCUCAAAAAGACUCUCUUGAUCCCAGUGCCGACCAAGCCCAAGGCUUUGUCCAAUGGACUGGACUUGGAGCAGGAGGAGGAAGAGGAGGAGGAGGAGGGAGAGGAGAAGGGAGGGGAGGCCCUCCCGCCCGAGUCGACCAAAAAACAGAAGCAGCCCCGGAAGAACGGCUCUUCGGGGGGCUCCGUCCCCAAACACGACCUCUCGGCUGCCGAUUUCCUCUUCAAACUGGAUUCCGAGAUCCGACGAUCCAAGCAAGCGGCCGCCAAGAAGCUGCGGGAAGGGGAGAGCGGGAUUUUGGGGGAGGCAGCCGGGAUGAGCCCCACGCCUUCCUCCUCCGGCUCCUACCAGGGUGAGCCUUCGCCCCGGGCCCAACAGCGGGCAGUCCUGGGGCCCGUACCCCUCACCCGGAUCGCCCGUGCCGACGCUCUGCUCGACCAGGAGGACGAGAUCUUCAAGCUCUGAGACCCCCCCCCAAAAAAGGCCUCCGUUGGCAUCACCCUGACAACCCCCCCUCUAUGGGGAAGAACAGAUGACCUUAAAAUGGCCCCUGGAGAUGAGGGGUCCCCCCCCCUCGCCUGCUCCGGUUUCACUUCUGCUUCCCUUGGACACCCUGCGCCCCCCCCACCCGCCCCUCUCGCCAACCAGCCAGGAUGAUGGGCGCCCGAGUGGGUCCCUAGCUUUGUUGCCCCCCCCCCACCCCGAAUAUUUAUUGCCUCAACUUCUUCUGGGGGGGGGAAGGAACGGUCCCACCCCUGUGCCUCCUCCCUCUGCCCUCCCCCCCCCAAAGCUGUUUGG